AUGCAGUACCUCAGCAAGCUCGCCGUCGUCGCGGCUCUUGCCUCCUUUGCCCUUGCGCAGUCCAACCCGGCCUAUGGCUCGCCGCCUUCAUCAGCUUCCACUGCCGGAGCAGUAGCAGACCCGACUGCGGCCGCGUCCACCCCCGUCAGCAACCCCAGCUACGGAGAGCCGUCUUCCUCCUCCCUCGCAGACCCAACUGAUACCGCCUCCACCCCCGUCGCGGACCCGAGCUAUCCCACCACCGCUUCGUCUUCCGUCGCAGACCCGAUCAACACCAGCUCCACCACUUGCACUGAUGAAGUGGACCCUACGUCGACUGCCACCGGCUGGGCUGACCCUUCAUACCCGUCGUCCAGCUCGUCGGAUGUUGUUGGCCCGACUUUCACCUCGACCACGACUGCCACCGGCUGGGCUGACCCGUCUUACCCUACCCCCAGCUCCUCUGACCCCGUCGGGCCUCAAUCCAACGCCGGCCCGGCGCCCGGUGCACAGGCGCAACCGACGACCACUUCCACCAUCUACAGCUCGUCGACAAGCACCAUCACCCUCACGAGCACUGUCUGGUCCGGCGACGCGGCAGACCCCACCGCUGCGCCCAGCGAGGUGACGGUUGAUCUGACGACCACCUCCACCACCAUCAUCACCCUCGACCUGGCUGCUGCCGCUGCUGCUGCUGCGACCACGACGUGCGGCUCAGGCGCAACGACCACCAUCACCGAGACCGAGACCGUUACUGUCACCCCUGGCCUUCUUGCCUCCUAUCCCAAGUGGGCAACCUCCGCCGAAGCCUGGGGCAGCGCGAGCACCUUCGCCAGCGCCGUCAAAGCCACCGCAGCCGCCGCUCCCUUCGACCCCAGCAACGCAAGCCCCGGCUCAACCGGCUGGCCCGCCAACUCCCCCGCCACCAGCGCCGCCUCGCCCGUCGGCCCCGUCUCGACCGCGCAGUCGCAGCCCUGGUACCCGCAAGGCAACGAAACCGACCCUACCGGCGCAUGGCCCACGGGCGGCUGGUACCCCAGCUCCAGCGACCCCGUCGGGCCGGCGUCGACCUCGUCUUCCCAGCCUUGGAGCAACCCGGGCUACGGCGCUCCCACCUCGGCCUCCAGCGACCCCGUUGGCCCUGCGUCGACAUCGUCCUCCCAGCUUUGGAGUAACCCCGUCUACGGCGCUCCCAGCUCCAGCUCCUACGCGCCCGCUUCCAGCUCCGCGCCCGCUUCCAGCUCCGCGCCCGCUUCCAGCUCCGCGCCCGCCCGUCCCACCAGAUCUACAUAG